ACGUCAUUUUCUGUUCCUCUCUGACUACCUUGCUCUUAUCCUGCGCACCCAUCACUCCCUCAUGGCGCACGAUACCAAAGUUCAGCUUCCGUGCGACGGGGACGGCGCGUGCAUGCGGUGCAAGGCCAAACCGCCGCCUGAGGAGACUCUUACAUGCGGCACGUGCGCUACACCUUGGCACGUGUCCUGCCUUGGAAUCCCUCCUCCAACCCUAGCUUCCACUCUGCAGUGGGAGUGCCCUGACUGCCAUGACUAUGGUCCCGUCGCUGCCCCUGCUGCUGCCGGAUCUGGCGAGAGUUCGGAACUUGUGGCGGCGAUUCGAGCGAUCGAGGCUGACGCAUCGCUGACAGACAAGGAGAAGGCAAGGAAGAGACAGGAGCUGUUGAGCGGAAAGGUUGAGAAGGAUCCAGAAGAUAGAGAGACGAAUAAUAAAGGAAAGGAAAAAGUGGAGAACGACGUGCUUGAGGUUCUUGGUGGGAGCUUGAACUGUUCUUUUUGUAUGCAAGUACCCGAAAGACCCGUUACGACACCGUGUGGGCAUAAUUUUUGCUUAAAAUGCUUCGAGAAAUGGAUUGCACAAGGAAAGCGUACCUGCGCAAAAUGCCGCAGUUCAAUUCCUCCGAAAAUGGCUAGUCAGCCUCGCAUUAAUUCCAGUCUUGUGACUGCCAUCCGUAUGGCAAAACUUUCAAAGUCAAAUGCGGCUGCUGGGUCUCUUAAGGUUUACCAUUUUAUACAUAACCAACAUCGGCCAGAGAAGGCAUAUACUACGGAGCGGGCGCAGAAAGCUGGUAAGGCCAAUGCAGCAAGCGGAAAAAUCUUUGUCACUGUACCAUCCGAUCAUUUUGGACCUAUAACAGCAGAAAAUGAUCCAGAGAGAAAUGUCGGUGUGCUGGUCGGUGAAAGUUGGGAGGAUAGAUUGGAAUGCCGUCAAUGGGGUGCCCAUAAUCCACAUGUCGCAGGCAUAGCAGGACAAUCAAACUAUGGUGCACAAUCUGUGGCACUUUCAGGAGGUUACAUUGAUGAUGAGGACCAUGGUGAAUGGUUUCUCUACACUGGAAGUGGUGGUAGAGAUCUUAGUGGCAACAAAAGGACUAACAAAGAACAGUCUUUCGACCAGAAGUUUGAGAAAUCGAAUGAAGCUUUGCGAGUGAGUUGCAAAAAAGGCUAUCCUGUUCGAGUUGUGAGGUCUCACAAAGAGAAGCGCUCAUCAUAUGCCCCUGAGAAGGGGGUGCGAUACGAUGGGAUUUACAGGAUUGAAAAAUGUUGGAGAAAAGUUGGGAUCCAGGGAUUUAAGGUUUGCCGCUACCUAUUUGUUAGAUGUGACAAUGAACCUGCUCCAUGGACAAGUGACGAGCAUGGAGACAGGCCAAGACCUUUACCAGUUAUUCCUGAACUAAAGAAUGCAACUGACAUAACAGAGAGGAAAGAAAGUCCAUCUUGGGAUUAUGCUCCUGAAGAUAAUCAUUGGAUGUGGAAGAAACCUCCUCCACUCAGCAGAAAGCCAGUGGAUACAGGAAAUCCUGAGGACAGGAAAAGAUCAAGGAAGGCUAUGAUGAAAGCACAGAAUUUAAGUGUAAGAGAGAAGCUCCUGAAAGAGUUUAGUUGUCAAAUAUGCCGGCAAGUGAUGAAUCUCCCCGUUACAACACCUUGUGCUCAUAACUUUUGCAAGUCAUGUUUAGAAGGAGCAUUUGCUGGCAAGGCAUUUGUCAGAGACAGAAACAGAGGAGGAAGGGCACUGCGAUCCCAAAAGAAUGUCAUGCAGUGUCCUUGUUGCCCAACAGACAUUUCUGAUUUCCUUCAAAACCUUCAGGUCAACAGAGAAAUAAUGUCUGUCAUUGAAUCACUGAAACGUGAUAAUGAAGAAGAGAAUAAGGAUCCAAUUGAAGAGCUGAGUGAGGAAGAAACAGAUGAUGCAGAGGAAAAUCUUGAUCUUACAUUUGGGGGAACUGAAGAUGGUGCAGGAACCUCUGAAGAAACUGGUGCUCAUGAGUUGGAGGAUUCUUCAAGUAUGCGCCAGACUGAAAGGCCGAAGAAGCAGCAGAAGGUGGAAAAAGAGAGCCCGUUGGACAUCACUGAUAACACAAAGAUUGUUGAUGACACAAAUGUUUUUGCAGAGAAGCCCGAUGAUUUAAAUGAAGACUCUGAGACCAUGAAGCAUCAGGCAGAAAUAUCUGGGGGCAGCAAUGACUUGCAAGUACCAGUAGUGAAAAGAACAACUAAGAGGAAAAAUGGUAACGGUGGUGGUGGUUCACGAAAUCCUGGUGUGGGAGUGAAAACUAGAAGAAAUGGAAGAAUUCAAGAAGCACCAGUUGAUGGAAAGGAUUCACCAUCAAGUCCUCUCCUUGCGCAUUCAUCUGAUGAUGAUUUUGAAUGACAGAGCUGAUUCUGUUUGAAUCAUCAUAUAUGGCAAAAUAUAUUUUGCCUGAUGCAUUUUUCUGCCAUACAAGACUUGCUCUUUACCAUUUUGAGCUGAUGGUUCCCACUUUCUGUUUAGUUGUAGUUUGAGAAUGGUUGGGAGAUUGAACAAUAUAUAUCUAAUCUCUGGUUUAUUUGGUCAAAAUGUGUUAUAUACAUCUCGGUGAAACAGUUAUGAAGCUUGAGUUUUGUUUUUCUGGAUAUCAACUGCUUUGGUAUGUCUUA